AUGGUGCUGUGUGGGCAGACUGGUGGCCUGCUCUUGCGCGGUGGCAAGCGCUGCGCUCGGCUGCUGCGCUCGUACCACGCGUCGAAGGGCCCGUUGGCAGCCGAGCCGGAGCCUGUGCCGCUCUCCAAGCUCAAAGAUAGUUUCAACGAUGCCACCAGCGUUACAUACCUGGAAGAACUCGAGAAACGGUACCUGGACGACCCCGGCAGCGUCGACCGCACCUGGGCGUCGUUCUUCAAGUCCCUCGGUGCGAUGCUGCGGCGCGCCCGCUGCGCGGCCGCCGCUGCUUGA